CACAGAUGGUAAAAUUCAAAACACAACGAAAACAGUAAAAACCAGACAUUUUACUUUUAUUUUUCCGUAGACAGACAAGCCGAUUUUUCGUUAAUCAAAGAAAUGAAGAUUUAGAAAUUCUGGACAAAUUUUAAGCGUCUUAUCGUUUUACUGAAGCAACAUAUUACAUUGGAACGAAAAAUUUCAACAUGAAUUCGUCUUCCCUUGUUUACAAUGUUGGAAAAAUUGUAAGUGCCACUUUGAAGAAAGGCAAGGAAAGCUCGUCAACUCAAGAGCCUCAAGAGCUGCAGCUGCUAAGAGAAAAGUGCAAAGAUGACAAUUACGUUGUGAGCCAUUCUAGUUGCCAAGGCAUCGUGACUUUGGUCGAAGCUGGACUUUUACCGAUUCCGAAAGCUCUGUCAACUUUGAUUGCUCUUCUUCCAAGCGUCAAAGUUCCUGGAAGUGUCAUUAGUGCUGUUGGGCAAUUGAUGGUAUUAGAUCUGAAGCUUCGGCUGCAAGCUGGCCAGGAUUACAUAAAUCCGUUCAACCUCCAUUCGCCCCAACAUCCUUUUGUGACAAUUCUCAAACGAAAUCAAAAUGCCUGGGAUGAAAUCGUCAACGAGAUUUCAACCAUCUGCAACCACUCGGAUGAUGUGAUUCGUUGUUUUGGUCCAGAGGUUGUCAAACCGGUGGCCCUCUAUAUGAUUUGUGAUCCAUCUACCACAUCCGAGAACCCUCCAGUAUACCAACAACCUCUUUGGAACAUUUUACUUGGUCUCAAAAACAAAAGCCUAAUAUUAGAAUGUCUGCAAUGGAUGCAGAUGAAAUCACCAGCAAACCAGUCUUUGGUCAUGCAACUAGCCGCUUUUCCUGAAGUCGAGGGAUUAUCGAAAGAUGACUUGACCCUCACGCUGGCCAACAUUGCCUAUGACCUGAGCACGAGUGGCAAAAAUCCACAGCCAGCUCUGGUCACCCUCGAGCCAUUGCUUGAAAACUGUGGCAUUUUUGUUGGAUCGUGCGUCGUGAUUGUUUUGUGCCAUGCCAUUUGUGCUGCUGCCCCAAAUCACCUUUUAGCCCUUUUGACAACAUGUCACUUGGUAAUAGAGAAGAACAAGUGCUGCACGUUUGCUGCCAACAUUUUCACUACAUCCAUCCUGCCUUUCAUGGCGUGUCCAUCUCCCUUGAUUGCUGCACCUUUGAGAAAAAUCCAGACCAUCAUUGCCCAGCUGAAAUUGGCCAAAGUUGUUCCGGAGCCCCCACAAUUGACCUCGCACACAUUUCCAAUUGCCCACUUGGCAGUCCAGAGCUACAUUUUGGUCGAGAUCAGCCAGGCGAAUGUUUUGAUCAAGUGGCUGAAUCACUUGAAGCAGGCACCUGAAAGGUUUCAACAAGAGUGUAUGCUGAUUUUGGGUGCAGUUUUGACCAACCCUAAAAACGAGUCCCCUGUUCUGAACGUCUGCUUGGAAAUUUUGGUCGAACUGGCCCGAAGUAAAAUUGAUAUGGUAGCGUCUGUGCUGACAUGGCUGCUGUCUCGCCUCAGCCAGGAAAAGAGACCGGAGUGCCAAUUGGCUCUGUUAAAGGCUCUGCCCAGGCUUGGAAAGCAAAAGGAAAAUGUUUCUUUGAUCAUCAACACGCUGGAAAGCCUUCGAUCGGCACCAGCCCUCCAGCCUUUGGUGCUCAACUUGUACUUGAUUAUGUGGAAACUGGAGCCCCGAGUUUUCCCUUACCUUCACAAAUUACUCUUGGUGGACAGCAUUGGCAAAAGUGACCUCCAGAAUUACUGGGACUUAACCAGAGCACACACCAUCAAAGAAAUCUGCUUGGAGAGGCCAAAUCAGCACGGUAAGGAUUUGGUCGGCAUUCUGUCUGGAAUUUUAAACCGCUGCACUGGUGAAUCGGGAGCGACUGCGUGCGCGCUUGCUUUGGAAGCAAUAGCAGCUCUAUGCAAAGCAACUGUCAUUGAUGUUGCGUCCACCUGGAAAGUUUUGGCACCAAGACUGGCUCCAGACAUGAGACCUGUAGUUGUGAAAAAUUUGUGCACAGUAUUGGGCUUGAUGAGUGAGGUGCCAUCAAAUCACCCCGAACAAGCAAAACUCUGGACAGACGUCCAAACAAGACUGUGGUAUUACUCUGCAUGUGGACUGAGCACUGAAGUUUCCAUCUCAGCAUUCAAAGCGCUGUCUAAAUUCACUUUGGAGGACCUUUACCUCUCAGUCGUUCCAGCAAUGUUUAAGAAAAAUUUGCCAUAUCCUCCAGAGUUCUCGAAAAGUGCAGCAGACUCUUCCAAGUCAGCAGAAGAUGUACUUAACUUUAUCCCUGGAGUUUGUUGGCCUCAAAUGCUGGCUGUCCUUCCAACCGCCACAGAGUUAGUGACAAAGUUCCUUAGUGAUGAGAUUGAAACCCUUCGAGGUGCCCUGCAGCAAGUUCCGGGAAAAGCUGAGCCCGAUGUUCCUCGUCUAAACAUCUACAGCAUUUUUCUUGGUUUGCUUGGCUGUCUGAGAAAGGCCCAAGUCAACGAUCCUGUGGUGCCUAACAUUUUGAAAGUUCUGGCGCAACCAAUGCCAAAGCAAUUUCCCCCCUGCAACUGGAACUUCAUGGAAACUUUGGCAGGACAGAGAGCAGAUUUGCUUGUUGCGAGUUUGAAAGUUGUCGCAAGGCAGGCACACACCUCACCAUCUGCUCUCAAAGUCACCGAGUCCUUACUCAAAGAAGCUGCCACCAUGAACCUAGAGAUUCAGGACGUAGUUGACAUAUUUUCUACACUGGAAAUAUUAGGGAAAACUGUUGAGCCAACUUCGCUGAGAAACUUUGUGGAGGCACAUGUGCGCAGGGCCAUCGAAUUUUGUUUGGCUGAUGAGGCUAAUUUGGGAACACUACAUAAAAUCUUUGGACACAUCAAGUGUACACUCCUUAAUGACGAUGUUUUGGAAAUAAAUCAGAAGCUUUUGGCACUGACUCUGGAUGAUCUUAUGAGUGAGCUCAGCUGGAAGGACAAUAAGGUGUUUUUGCCAUACAAUGAAUGUGUCAGCCAGAUGCACUCCAAGUUCCUGAAUGAAAUGACAUCCCCCACCACUUGGUCUGAAGUCAACUCUCGGAAACUGCAAAAUGCCAUCGUAAUCCGAACUUGGAUUGCUGCAAAUUCAGAUGAGAAUGCACUCAAUUGGGUCAACGAGUGCAUUGAAGCGUGCCACACUAAACCAAAUGAACACAGAUUUUUAUUUGAACACUUGAUUCAACCACUUGUGCACAAUAGAAAGUCUGUUGAAGUGACUAAAGACUGGCUCUUGCAACUGAUGGGACAAAUUCAGGCCUCUCUUCUAUCAAGUGAGACAAAUGAGCGCAGCCUCUAUCUGUGUGACGUUUGGAGCUUGGCCAUCCUGACACUUUCAGGCCAUCUCGUACAUGGCAAUGUUACAAAGAACAGAGACGUUCGACUUGAUCUUCUACCCCAAGCAGCAUUGAGCUUUGCAGAAAGCCCCAAUUUCAAUGGAUUGACUUUGCAGAUGAUUGAAUGGAUACACAGUGUGAUUCAGUCUAAGAACCUGCCAGAAGACUUCACAGUCACACUGUUUAAGUGCCUGAAAGCUCUCCGGCAUGACGACUGCAUGAAGAAACCUGGACUGUGGACAAAAGUUCAAGCAAGCUGUCUUCGACGGCAAGAAAGCCAUCAGGGGCGGCAUUCCCUUUGUCUUCCCAGCUCAAUUCGGAGAAUGGAACUACGGGCCGCAGCACGGCUUUGCCAGGAUCACACGUUGGAACGUGGAAAAGGCUCCGGAGCGGAUGCCCAGCGGAGAUGUCGAGGCCAUUUUCUCGCUGAUGGACAACGAGUUCACCAGAUCCAUGUGGUCUUACCCAUUCCGGUUGACAUACCGGCUGAUCCUGCGUGAGAAGGAGUUGCAUUUCAACAUUGGGAUCUACAACCCGAGCAAGGACCUUACAUUCAGCUUCAAUCUGAAUUCUUUAAUUUUUUAAUUUGUGUAUUUACGGGGUAACGAUGAACGCGGUGCAUAUUUGUCACAAUAUCUGGCAAAUAUGACAGGAAUGUAAGGAUGAUUGGUGGUGGUGCUGAUUCAGACUUGCAUUCACUAGUUAGCAUGACAACGAUGGUAGUCAAAAUCGAAAAGGUUGAUAGAAUCAAGGCGUUGGAAUACAUUGAAACUGAAAUGAUAAUUUAAUAGUUUACUUCUAUUUUUGAUUGUAUUUAUUUCUGUACUUAUAUGAGGAGUUUUGCUCACUUCUCCAGGAAACUGUGAGAAAAAGCUCAUCAAAACUAUAAAAUUGGUCGUCAAGCAGAUCAGGCCAAAAAACAGCCGGUAUGAUUGGUUUGUUUCCAUCCAAAAUGAGGCAGCGAUAAAAAUGAGCACCACUGAAAUAGAGCGUUUAUAAAUUUUGCAGGUGCUAAGUUUUAUUCCUGAACCGUAUAAAGGUGCAAAAACUGUCCAAGUGUAAAUUCCAUUGCUCCGUCGAAGUUUGACUUUAAACUCCAAGGCUGUGUUUUUCAUUUCAAUAUCAUCAUCAUCUGCAUCGUCUUGUUCACUCUCGUCACUAUAAUAUUUGUCCUCAAAAUAUGGAUGCAAAUCAUUUUCUGCUUGCUCGUGAAGAGUCAGCUCUUCCAAGACCCAUUGGGCUUUUUCUAUUCCAGUUGUCGAAAAAUCUGUCACUCCUGACUCCUAUGAAGACCCAAAGAGAAUAAAUUUUCUAUUUCGAACAAAAAAAAAUUCUUACAUCCACCAUAUUUUUAAGGCUCACUUUGUCCGACUGGCCCCAGACGCCAAGUGUGAAGGUGCACACUUGCUUAUCAAAGGGCCAA